UUCAAACUGCCCCAAACGUUCUGCGGCGCUUUCUCCUUUCUCCCCCCUUUUUAUGAGUCACAUCAUCCCGCUAUCUGCUCCAGGGGAUCUGUGCUCUCCUCUGCAGUUUUCCCCGGAGGUUCCAGAUGGAUAUAAUGAAAUGCUUCGGACUUCUGCUUUUUGUUUUCGUUGUGGACUGCAACCCUGGUCCGUUGGCGGACAUUGUUGUGGAUCGGUACGAAUUACCGAAAGUUUGUGCCAGAGAAGUUCAAACAGAAGACUUUAUCCGAUAUCACUUCAACGGGACCUUCUAUGAGGACGGGAAAAGGUUUGACUCCAGCUAUGAGCGAGGUAAAGCCUUCGUCAGUCAGGUGGGACUUGGUAAGCUCAUCACAGGGAUGGACCGAGGUCUGCAGGGCAUGUGUGUCAACGAGCGCAGAAGGAUCACCGUCCCACCGCACCUGGCAUAUGGAAGUGUUGGCACAGGUGGUUUGAUCCCUCCCGAUGCCACUCUGGUGUACGAAAUCCUCCUGCUGGACAUAUGGAACCCUAAGGACAAAGUUCAGAUCCGCACAAUCAGCAAACCUGGGAUCUGCAGGCGCACUACUGCAGUGUCAGAUUUCAUCCGUUACCACUACAACGGCACGUUGCUGACUGGUGAAGCAUUUGAUUCCAGUCACUCAAGAAACACAACUUAUGACACCUACUUGGGGAGGGGUGACAUCAUUGAAGGCAUGGAUGAGGGUCUACAGGGCAUGUGUGUUGGGGAGAGACGGAUCAUCAUUGUCCCACCAUUUUUGGCGUAUGGCGAGACUGGCCAUGGUACCACAAUCCCCCCACAGGCGACACUUGUGUUUGAGGUGCUGUUGGUAGAUGUAUUUAAUCCUAAGGAUGAUGUGACUGCAGAGGUAAGAGAGAUGCCUAAAAACUGCACACGCAAGACAGUCAUUGGGGAUUAUAUCCGCUACCACUACAACGGCACCUUUCAAGACGGCACGUUCUUCGACUCAAGCUACCAACGAAACAGAACCUACAACACAUACAUUGGAAUGGGAUAUGUGAUCCAUGGCAUGGAUAAAGCCCUGCAGGGCUUGUGCAUUGGGGAGAAAAGGAGAAUUAUAAUUCCUCCUCACAUGGCUUAUGGAGAAAAAGGCGUUGGAAACCUCAUUCCUGGCUCUGCUGUGCUGAUUUUUGACGUCCACGUUAUUGACUUCCACAACCCCAAAGACUCGGUCGAGAUCACAGUCACCCACAAGCCUCAGGAAUGUAACAUGACCAGCGAAACCGACGAUUUAAUUCACUAUCGCUACAACUGCUCCUUGAUGGACGGCACGCUUCUGUACUCCUCGGACCAGUUCGACUCGCCUUCUGUCACGACUCUAGGAGCCAGUAAGGUGAUCAUGGGCCUGGAGGAAGGUUUAAAAGGCAUGUGUGUGGGCGAGAGGAGAGAGGCGGUGGUCCCUCCGCACUGGGGUCAUGGAGAGGAAGGAGCUGUAGGAGUUCCAGGAAGUGCAGUGCUCCUUUUUGAACUGGAGCUGGUGCAGCUGCAGAAAGGUGUGCCUGAAGGCUUCAUGUUCAUCUGGCUAGGAGAAAUCCCCGACCCCCUCUUCAAUGCUCUCGACCUCAAUGGGGACAAAGAGGUCCCUCUACAGGAGUUUUCAGAGUUUAUCAAACUGCAAGUCAAAGAGGGCAAAGGUCGACUUCGGCCAGGUGUCGACAUUGAAGGCGUUGUUAAAGACAUGUUUGAUAAUCAGGACCAGAAUAAAGAUGGAAGAAUUGUUGAAGAUGAACUGAAAAUUAAGGAUGAUGAGUCUGAACAAGUAAGGCGAGAUGAGCUAUGAGCAGCAGCGAGGCGAACACACAGGAACUGGAAAUAUCCACUUCACAACUAUCCAACAAGAACUCUUCAAAAACAUUAAAGGAAAAUGAAGAAGUCAUUGGAAACCAUAUCACUUACCCUUACUCAUAUGCAACUAAAUGGUAAAUUGUUUUAUUUAUAUUAUUUUCUUUUGAUACAUUUAAAAUUGAAACCUGUAUUCACUUUUAAAUAGUCAUAAAUUCCCAUAGAAAUCUAUGUUGAGGUUAAUGGUUGAAAAUGUUUAUUUAUGUAAAAUUUUCAUGCUGUGCUUCUGAAUUUUCUUUUGUUUUGAUAGAAUAAUUAAGAACUACUGGUCUAUUGCAUAAUAACCAUGUAAGAAAAAAAUAAACUUUUAUAAGAAAAUUAAGUUAGUUCCGUUUCUUUCACAUGUACUGCACAUAGAGACAGGUUAUUUUUUUUCUAACAGAUGAGUUUAUUGAAACGAAAACAUGUUUAAUAUCAGGAAAGAAAAAAAAAAAGACUUCUUAAAAGGUCCAAACAGAAAAGAUUGCUCACAAAAGCCAAAGAAAACUUUAUAGAAACCUAGACUACAAUUCAAAAUG